CUCUUCCCCCUCCCCCUUGCGAUUUGCGAAGGCGAGAGAGCAGAGAGCGCCGCGCGGACGAGACACCUGGAACCCCCCCGAUCAAGCGGCGCGGCCUAACCUAACCCCGUGCGUCGCGUCGUCGAGAGGGGCGAAGCAUCGGCGGGCCGCCGACGCCGACGAGGUCCUCCUCGGGCAACGACGGCGAACGCGCCGGCCACCGCCGCCAUGUCGAAGAAGAAGGCGGUGACGACGAUGACGCUCAAGGACUUCCACGGCGGCUCCAUCCCCUCCGAGCUCCCCCUCCCCUCCGCCCCCGGCGUCUCCGCGCGCCCGGCGGACCGCCCCGUGGCCUCCCAGGCGGCCGCUCCCGCGGCGUCCGCUCGCCCCCGCGCCCCGGCGACCUCCGCCGCCGCUGCCGCGGCGGCGGCGGCCGCGGUCCCGUCGUUCCUCACCAACCCUUCCCGCAUCGGCCGCCACUUCGACGAGGACGAGCGCACGCCCUUCGAGGCCGCCUCCACGCCGCGCCGCCCGGCCCCGUCGCCCCCGUCGUUCGCCCCAUCCCCGGCUGCGGGGCCCACCAGAUCCGGGCCCGGGAACGCCUGGGGGCCGAGGAGGGAGGCGGCUCCGACCGCGGCGCCGGUGAGUCCUGCCGCCAGCGGCGGCGGCGGUGGUCAGAUCUGGUCGGCGACGCGCAUUGCGCAGGCGAGCGCCGUGGAGAAGGUGAUCUCCGGGAGGUGGAACUCGUCGAAACCCUCCUCUCCACCGGCGGCGCCUGUGUCGGUCCCAGUGGUGGUGGAGACUCAUGUUGCACCGCCGGAGAUGGAGAGGCCAAAGUCAGUCGGGGUGAGAGAGCUGGAUGGUGGCAUAGAGAGGAGCGUGGCGCCAGUGAGGCCUGCGUCGCAUGAAGGCAGGGUUGGGGAGGCUAGAGGCUUGGAGGUGCAAGAGAGACCUAGGGUGGGUGAUGUGCCAGAGAGACCUAGGGUUGGUGAUGUGCUGCCAGAGAGACCUAAGUUGAAGCUGCUUCCUCGCUCCAAGCCAAUCGAGGCUUCAGAACCAUCUCCUGUCUAUGUUGAAGAGAAGCAGGUGCAUCAGGUUCCAGUGGUCGCGAAUACUGUGCAGGUUGACGUUAUUCAUGAUGUGCACCAGAAUGUUGUAGCACCUAAAGCAGGAGUAGCAGGGGCAGAUGCUGAGGGCCGGGCAGUGGAGCGACCACGAUUGAAUCUGAAACCCCGCUCCAAUGCAGUAGGACAGUCUGAUGAAAGUGCUCCAAAGGAAAGGCAAUCCCUCUUUGGUGGAGCUCGGCCCAGGGAACAAGUUCUCAGAGAGCGUGGAAUAGAUGCUUUAGCAAGUGACCUUGAUAAGACAUCUCCAGUUGGCAGGUCUAAAAGUGAAUUUGCAAAGGGUGAGCAGAAGGUCGAAGCUAUGUCCAUUAACCCUUCAGGUGAAAAGGCUGAGAGUUUUCCAGCUGGUUCUAGAGGCCCAAGGAAUGCUGAUAAGAAAGACUACAGGCGGGAUACAGACCGGAGUGAUGUGUAUAGGCCUACACGACGGGAGGACAACAGGAGAGUUGCUAGAGAUGUGGAGAAGCCCGAGCAACAGCGUCCAGAGCCUGAAACCUGGCGUAAGCCAGUUGAGCCACCAAAGCCUGAGGUUGUUGCACCUCGUUUUGGGAAAGGAGCAUCUGCAUUGGAGCUUGCACAAGCCUUCUCGAAGUCCAUGUCUGAUACUGUGCCUCAGAGUCGCUUGACAAGUGUUCCUAGCCCUAAAGUGCCCCAGAGUCCAGGGACCAGGGAUCAGGUUGGCUUCUCAAGGCUCACUGACAACCGGGCAUUACACUCUAGCCCCUCGCAGCGAAAGAUUAACGGUUACUAACCUCAUUGCACAUGCACGCUGUGCUCCCAUGAUGGCACGACUCAAAUACCAUGGCCUCGCCGAAGCGCACUGGUUUUAUCUUCAUGUUUGAUUCUUCCAUCAUGGGAAAAAAAAAUCAAUUGUUGCUCUCUGGAUGGCGACACACGAGGGGUGCUGAUCUCGUAACUGGUGGCUCAUUUCCACUCUUGAUAACAAAGAGAUGAGAAUUUAUGAACUAUUUGUGCUUCUAUUCUUCAGCCUGCUACCCGUGAUUUAAGCUGGGGAAUAAUUUGCAACCUCUGUGCUGCUACUUGGAUGUGCCACAUAUGUUUCUGGUGUGCUUGUUUUAAGAUGUUGCCAGAUCAGUGCUAUGCCUAUGUAUGCAGCAUAUUGGUUUCCCGGUACUUCAUUAGCACGUUAUACUUUCUUCUUUUCACUAUAGUAAAGGACAUAAUAGUUGUUCAUUCUUGCUUGCUUGCUUGUCGUAUCUGUUGGUCCAUCGAGAUCACUGUAAUGCAUAAAACCGUCGAGAUUUCUGGUUGA